AGCGCAUGAGUGCGUCGUCGUUACCAGGGACGGGGUGUAGCUGUGGGGAGAAAAACAUCCACAGAAAAAAAACAGCUUGAGUAGCCCACGCAGUUGUUGACUGUAUGACAGCGGCCACCGCGCUCAUGUCAACCACAAGGAUGAGAAAGCAAUCGGGACAGGGCAGAGCUUUGAUUGUUUCCUAGGAACCGAACAGCACCGGGAAAUAAAAAUGGAGUGGUAGGCAAGCCACGGCGCGAGAGGCGCGUCCACCUGCUGCUACAGAAGAGUCCUGGCUCGUGGGUUAAAAACAAGGUUGGACACAAGGCAGAGCAUGCCUGAUAGAAACUAUCAGUGAUUAAUGGAUCUUCUUCAGAAAUCCAAGAGCAGCCUUCAACAAAGAGCCCCAGAGUCAACAACAGAGCAGCUCCACAAUCUGAAAGUGUGCACCUCUGCUGUUUGCCCGCCCUCGACGACGCUUCACCCAGUCCGUGCCCAAGUCCCCAGCUCGGUGGUCCUGUCUCCCUCCCCCUCCCCAGGCCUGCCAGACUUCCCAGAUGAGACCGCAGCCCCGCCAGCUUCUCUCUCCUCCCUCUCUUCCCUCUCCUCGUUUGCUUUGCUCUCUCCUCUCUCCUCCUCCUCUUCCUCCUUAUCUUCCCUCUCCUCCAUCUCCUGUGCCACAUCAGUAGCACCUUGGCCUGCUCAGAGCUCUGCAGAUAAGACCCCUCUCUCUACCAUGGAGUUGGGUAGCGCUGGUGGAGGUGGUAGUGUGGAUGGUGGCGGUGGCAGCAGUGAGGGGAGAGGUGACUGUUUGAGUUCUCACACCAAAAGCCCGGCAGAGUCUGAAUCUUGUGAGUCCGUCCUCGGCCUCCCUCAGGAGUUCCAACCUUGUUCAGCCUCAACCAUUCCGUGCCUCGGCUCCGACUCCGACGAGCAGGUCCUGUCCGAUCAGCUCCUCAGCGACUCGGCGGCCCAUGGCGCGGCAGCAGCGGUCGUGCCGUCCGUGGAGGAGGAGGAAGAUGCAGCAGAGCGGGCGUUGCGGGGGGCGGGGAGCGAGUCGGACGGGGACCCGACGGCGGUGGAGGCGACCCAGAGCAUCUACGAGGGCCUAGGGGAGGAGGAGACGCAGGACUGGAGCUGCCUGGAGUCGCUGAUCAGCGAGAGCCGCAUGGAGUUGCUGGACUUGUGCUCCCGCAGCGAGCUGGCCGUCAAUCUCUUCUGCGAGGAAGACGUGGACAACUACAUGUUCCAGGAGGAGGACACCGCACUGGCCGGCGACGUCUGCUCACUCAAAAUCCGCUACGAGUCCUUCUCAGAAAGCGUCCACGAGCGCAGCAGUGAUGCAGACGCCGACGCCUUACAGGAGGCACAGCAGCACCUUGGCUUCUUCCCAGCAUGCCCCAGACGGGAGACGUCUGCUGAGAAGCCAGAAUCGUGGGAUACAGACAAAGCUGACGCCCUCACGCCGACCCCCAUCAUCAGCCCCACCAGCCAGUCACUGUUUGACUUCAGCAGCUCGCCCGGCGAGUCGGCCGAGUUCAGCGACGACUCCAGCUCCUGCACAGGCUCGUCUCCAGACACGUGGCUAGCACAGCGAGAGCACGGCAACCUGUCGCGGGAGAACUCCAGCUCCUCGUCCAGCCAGCUGAGCUACCGGCUCCGUGCCAAGAGGAAGGUGGCCUUCCGCGAGGACUACCUCUACGACGUCGACUCCAUCGAGAGCGAGCGGAACGCCGAGAGCCGCACCGAGAAGAAGCCCAAGCCGAAAGUCGGGCUGAAGAAGGAAAAGGAUGACGACUGGUGCCCCAAGAAGAGACGGAAGUCUCACCGGAAAGACCCGCCGGUCAUCAUCAAGUACAUCAUUAUCAACCGGUUCAAAGGAGUCAAGCACAUGACAGUGAAACUAGGAAGAGUGGAUGCGUCGACCACGCCUGUUAGCUUGAGCGCAGACUCCCUUAACCAGUACGAGAAGCUGGCCCCUCUGAAGGCCUUCUGGCAGAGCCAAUCGGAGAAGGAGCAGCUGGCACUUGGCAACAAGGUCAAGCACCUCAAUGGCUGCAAACUAUCACCCGGCGCUGGUCUAAAGAAACGCAGACACAGGAUGGCCAACCGGCUGAGGAUCCAACGGAUUCACACCACGGAAAAAACGCCCGUGGACAGCAGGCAGGAAGUGAUGUCAUCCCAGAUGAACGCAGCUGAAGCGGAGAAGUUGAGGGAUAAAAUGUCAGUGCGCGAGGACGGGGUGUCAGGGAGUGUUACGUCUGCCUGCCUGGGUGGUCCGGGACCCAGAAGAAGGGCGAUGAGACAAGAGAGCGAAGAGAGGGGCAAGGACAACAAACCCAUCCGAGUGAGGAAGUUCAGAAGUGAGGCUCGACUAAGGGCUAAGAAACUGGCAGACGCACAGGCCAGCAUGAGCGCAGAGAGUGAACCAGCCCAGGCGUAUGAGUCUAGCACAAGAAACCCCCAAGACACGAAAGUGAGCACCAGCAGUAAUGCACCAGACAAAUGCACUUUGACCUUGAACUCCUCGGGGGGCGCAGCUCCUGCCAACAUGCCCCCUCUCCCCGGAGGCUACCUUCAGACCUUGCUGGAGGCAUCUGAAUCAUCAAACAAUGCUUGCACGUCCUAUUUUCCGUUGUCACAGGAGCAGCAGCAGCAGUCCCAGCCCUUCCUUCUCGGGGUGCCGUUUCAGCCUCCACAAAGCUGCGUUCUCUCGCCCCCGUCUGAGUCGGAGCUCCCUCAGUCCCCCCAUGGCCACGGCAGCUACCCUGGAGAGAAACAGCAAGGCCAAGGAUACGCCAGCGAGGGCGCACACCACGCAGACACUAGCUAUCCUGCAGCAUGGCCGUCUCAGCCUGGGGAGACACACCAGCUUCCUUUUCCGUCCGCCAUCCCCGCCCAGUCUCCCAUGAUGCACUCUGGCUUUCCCAAACAGGCCUUGCUGACUCCGGACGGGAAAGCCACCGCAGUAGGCUACCUUCCUGCGUCAUCCGUCGGAGACAGCAGAGUUGUGUCAAGCGAGGAGAUGCUGCAACCCGAGCAGCAGCAGCAGCUUCUGGACCUGGAGUAUAGGCUAAGCCCGAACGGAGCUCAGGGGGACGGCGGCGGUGUCGGGCGGCUGGUCAGCUUCGACUCCCUCGGCUCGCUCUCUGUGGCGUCCAGCAACUACAGCUCGCUGAGCCUGCACGAGGGGGAGGGAGGGGACGGAGAUGAGGGCGAGAUGAGCGACAACUUCCUGUCCCACUGCAGCCCGCAGCUGGUGCUGCAGCAAAGCCUGGAGGAGAUGACGCCGCUGCGAGAGUCCACCGACCUGCUCGACAUCUCCAACUUCACGCCGGACAAGUUCCGCCACGCCUCCCUGUCGGAGAUGUCCCCACCCGUGACCCCCAGCCCGUCCCCGCACCUAAUCCGGCAAGGUGCGGGUUUCCCCACCGAGGCCAUAGCCUCCGAGCUGCAUUGGGACUGCGGAGUGGUGAGCUCGUCUGAGCUCGAGGACGUGAACGGGUCGAGGCACACCCACCUGCUCCAGAUACAUUCCUUCGGUCCCAACGAGGAAAAUGAGGAGGAGAGCAACAGUCUCGGCAAGGAUGAGGAAGGCGGUUUGAAAGGGAAGAAGGGUCUUAAACGGAAAGGCGCCAAGUCGGGACCCAAAAAGACGAAAAGCCCCAAAGCUGCCAAAGGCGAGCAGAGCAAGUCCCCCAGGCAGGAGUCCAAAUCCGCGCGGAAGAUCAAAGCCAUACUGGAGGGGAAGUCCAACAAAGGAAUGGGGGGUUCCCACAGUGGCAGUGACUCGCCCUCGGCUGCCAUGUUAGGCGUAGCAGGGGAGUGGCCCGGCGGCGGUCUGUCCGACGACGACCAACAGGAGUUCAAGGAGCCGUCCAACAUCCUAUCCAACAUUGUGUCCGGUAUGGCGGAGGUUCAGCGCUUCAUGAGGGCGUCUGUUGAGCCACUGUGGGGGCCAUGCCCGCCGCCAGGGGAGCAGUCGCUGCAAAGCCAGACGCUGAGGAUUCUGGGAGGGCCGUUCGAGUCUGGGAAGAAGCGGGGUGGUGGUGGUGGCACCAGCGGGGCGGGGCGCGGGAAGAAAGGGGCGGGGCGCGGUGCGAAAAACCCACCCAAACUCAUCCCCGCGGACUUCUUCCCGGCGCUAGGUCUGGACUGCUUCCCCGUCCCGCACCGGCCAGCCCACAAGAAGAUGUACCGCCACAAGAGCAGCGCCAAGUUUUCACGUGAGGAGCUGGCGCUCAGCAAAGGGAAUGCUAAAGUUUCAGCAUUGACAGCGACACUUGAGAAACAGAGCUCUCAGUGUGUGUCUGUUUUUUCAGUGGACAUCUACAUCAAUGCUUUAAAAACAAACAAACAAACAAACAAAAAAACAUCCCAUCUCUUUGCCAAAUCAGCAAGUGGUUGCCUUCAGUUGUUCAAAAGUCAGGGACACUUGAGAGGUUUCCUGUACUACGAGAUAUUUCCGUCUUUAUCGUGCCAACAGUAAACCUGUUUGGGUUUCUGCAGGGAGUAAGCUGUCUCUCCAAGAGAUUUGCUGGUCUGUUGACUUACAUCAGCCUGUUGAUGCUGGUGUUUGUACAGUUUUUUAACAUGGCAUUAUGUAUCUCUUUCCCCAGUCCAGUUAACAGGGUCCACUGGUGAUGUUUGAUGAGCAGAUCUGGCAAGUUCUAGCAUAGAGAAUGUGUCCUGUGUUUGUGUGUGUGUGUGUGUGUGUGUGUGUAUGGAUGGAUGUGUGCAUGUGUUAACUUGUUUAUUUGUUUAUUAUUUAUUUAUAUAAAGAAUGAUUUAUCGUUGUUGUAUAGGAAAGUAUGCACUAUUUACCAGUUACUGACUAUGAAAAUAUUGUUUAAAAUAUUGUGCCAAACAGUGAACAACUCACUUCAGACAUUUUUUAUCUACAUACAUUUGCUUAGGUCUUUGUUUUUUGUUUGUUUAUUUGAUUGUUUGUUUUGAUUGGGCAGGGGAAGUUCAAGGGUGCAUGUUUUGAUAUACCUUUUGUCUCUAUGGCGUCACCAGCCUACCGCAGUCAACCUAUGAGGAAAAAUAAAUAGAUUGGAGACAUUAUCAUGAAUAUGUUGUGUAGGAAGAAAUGAACCAGAAACCGAUAUAUUGCAUAUAUAUAUAGGACUGUGAUGUUUUGAAAUGGAAUAGGUGUUAAGUGCCGGAUGGGAAAGCUAACUGCUGUCAUAAUUCCAAGUAUGCGGAAUGGUGUAAAAAAAUUACUAAUUCCUCUCAUUUUUUUUUUUUUUUAAUAAAAACUUUUUUUUUAGGAGCAAGUAUACAUAUCAGGGUUUGUUGCAGGAGAAUCUGUUGUGGCGAGAACAGCAUUUUCACAUGUUUGGUGAUGCAUUAAUCUUAAUGUAGGGUGAUUUACGUGCCAAUUUUUCAGGCAUAACUUGCAUACUCACAUAUGUUUUUUCUCUUCUAUAUUCUUUGUUUACUGGGGUCUCUGAUGCAUGUUUCUGCUAUCCUAGCAGGUCCAAGUGGGGCUCGGUUUUCCGUUCACAUCUUAAUUUUCUAACUGUAACUGCAUUUUUGAAUGUACUAUUUUUCUUUCUCCCAUGUGUCAGAGUAUGAAUUCAGUUUUUCACUUCGACUAUGAGCUUCGUCAAAAGGUGCCAGUGUCAAACCGCCUUUGAAUGGUGCUGGUAGCAUAGACACAAACUGGAACAUUUUAAAAAAUGGUAUAUGAUUCGAAAAAGAAAAAAACUCUGUGAAAAAAAACUCUGAAUUCUUAUUGUGCCCAUAAUUAUGAAUGUAUGAUAUACUGUUAUGUUUGAUGUACUGCCAUAAUUUUAAAACAUUGAUUAGAAAAGACUCCUUGCCUUUUGUUUCAAGUUAAAGAAUAUGGAGCUUUAUCUACAUAGUCUUGAGUUGUUGCCACAAUGAUUCUCAAUGAACUCUUGACAUUAAAAGACUUGUAUAUUUUUCCGUGUGCCAAUUUGUAACAUAUUUUCUAAGUGUAUAUUUUUCUUAGAAAGUGCUGUGAAGUCUCUCUUGCUGUGGCUAAGCGUCCUGCCUUUUCAUGCUGUGAAAAGGAUAUCAAAUGCCAAGAUUAUGGUUUCAAAAACCAAAAGCAUUACAAAAAGACAGAGAUGAAGGCGAGGGGAAAUAUGACCUAUGAGCUGAAGCUGUGAAACUUUGUUGAGAAUUUUGUAACUGGACCAAUUUUGUUGUUAGAGUGUUGUGCUAUAGUGUAAAAAUAUUGUUGGAAACAGUCAGAAAAAAAUAUUGACAAUUUGUGAUUUCAUUGCUGUUUUAUAGAUUUUCAUGUAAAUUAUUCUAGUAUUACUUUUUUGUUGUAACUGGUACAAAAGUUUCCAUAUUUGUGAUCAAGCCUGUAUGGUGAAAACUGUAAUAUUGGUAACUUGAUAAGUUUUGUAAUCAUGUUUAUGGUAUAAAUAUACAAUAAAAAGAGCUUUUGAUCACUGUUUACAGAGA